CGAGUCAGUAGAAGUCAGUUCGACGUUACGUUCGAGUAGGGCAUGUGGCAAACAAUGUAAACUUGAUAAAACCUAAAAAGAAGGACGAAGUAUACGAAGUAUGUUGUAUAUGAACGGUCAAAGGAUUAAACGAAACGAUUGAAAAUAGCAUGUGUUCAUUAGAGUUGGAUUUUUUGGAAAAAAAAAAUAUAUAUAUAUAUAUAUAUAUGCUUACUGAUAAAACCUAACAUUAAACGUAGCGAAAUACAACUGUAUUAAAAAAAAUGAUCUAUGUGGGAAUUAUCAUUUGCUUGAUGCUUAUGCCAACGAGAAUACAAUCAAAAUUGGACGAUAUUCAAAAGGGAAGGAUUGGCAUCGAGUCUAAAUUGAGCAUUGAAAUAACAGAGAAUUUCAAACGUAUGCUGGAUUAUGUGAGAAAUUCAAAGGAAUUCCAACCUUUUAUGAAUUCUUUACUUUUGUCCGAUACGAAAUCGAACGUGCUCGUGUCCCUCUUGCAUCACAUGUCGAUCGAUUUUAUUCAAGGGUAUCGAAUAAGCGUUAAUGAUUUUCUUUCAUUAUAUACGUGGAAGGAUGAAGGACGUAUCACUUGGAUCAUACCGAUCGAUGAUUUAAACGAUCUCGAAGUCUUGAUAUAUUUAAAUGAGAAAUUAUGGAAACCCAAUGAUCAAUAUUUGAUAGUUUUCAUUGGUGAGGAAACGUCGGGGAAUACAUGGAAAAGAAUUUUCGAUGAGCUCUGGAUAAAAUUUAAUGUAUAUAAAAUUUUAAUUACAACGAUUACCGAUCAGUUUCGUUGUUUCUUAAAUUAUCAUCCAUUCGAUGUCACAAAAAAAGCUUUUGGGAAAGUACAUAAAUCAUGUUUCGAUGAUAUCGAAGAAUAUUCUAUGAAGAGAAGAACAAACUCGAUAACUUCACUUCCAUCAGAUGAUAUAAGUUUCUUCGAAAAUUUCGAGAAUGUAAAUGGUUAUCCGAUAAAGGUUACCGUUUUUCCUUCGAUGAUGAUGUGUAUAGAAGUAGACGAGAACAAUGUCGUCCAUUAUACCAAAUUAGAUGCAAAUGUGAUGAAAAUGUUGGAGAGCAACUUGAACGCGAGGUUCGACGUAAAUGUAUUGGAUAAGGAUUCCGAUAUUGAUCCCUUUCAAGAAUCCUUACAAGAUAUUAGUGAUCGCAGGAGCGAGAUCAUAUUUACAAGCCUUUUUGUUAAAGCUUACAACGAUUCUUAUCUUUAUCAGUUUACAGCAGCCAUUGCCGAAGAUAAGCUUUGUUUUAUCGCACCGACUAAAGGUUAUUUACCAAAAUCAUAUAUGCCAUUUUUACCUUUCACGAAGGACCUGUGGAUGACCCUAGCAUGCUAUAACAUUUUCGUGACGAUAUUCUGGAUGAUCCUGAAAUAUUUGAGCUAUUCGUUUCGUAAUAACAAACCUAUUACAUGUUCUCUGGGGGAAACGUUCUCGAAUAUCCGUCGGGGUAAGCUUGCACGCGAUAAUAUUCUUUUGAAAAGAAAAAAGGAUAAUAUUAGUUGGAGGAAAAAUAAAGAACCACCCGAGAUACAUUCAUACGUUAUUCGUUGCACAGAAUUGAUUAUAUUAUUUUGUUAUCCUUUCGAAAAGGCUUAUACCCCGGCACUCAGAAUAUUUCUUUGUAGUUCGUUAUUAUUUGGGCUUGUAAUCGUUGGACUUUACAAUAAUUGGCUAAUGUGGACUCUUAGCAAACCAUUGAGAUAUCCAGAAAUAAAUACUAUCGAGGACGUUGCCGAUUCGAAUUAUACGAUAGUAACGAAAUAUUUAAAUUUGAAAGAAGACACGUUUAUCGGGAAGGAUCCAUUGGAAACGAAACUGCGGAAUAAAAUCAGUGUUCUUAAUUCGGAUAAACCAACGAAUUACUUCGUCGCCUUCGACAAAAGCGUUAUUGCUCUUGGUCGAUUUACAUCGACCAAGCUCGAGAAUUAUUCGAUUUAUUACGACGACGAUGGGAACAAAUUGGUCCACAUUGUCGAAGAGUGUCCAGUUACUUAUACGCUUUCAUACGUGAUCAGACUUAAUUCUCCUUAUACAGAAAAGAUCAAUACCUUGUUGCUAAGGAUUCAACAGUUUGGAUUUAUUAACUUUUGGUACGAGGAAAUGACGUAUCCUUUAUUGGUCGAGGAUAAGAAAAUGAAAUUGGCAUUGAGUGAGAAAAAGAAGAAACUCACAUUGGAACAUUACUCGUUAGCGUUUCUUGGACUUUUUAUUGGCCUAAUCGGAUGUUUCCUCGUAUUUCUCGGUGAGAUUCAUUAUGCGAAAUGCAGAAGGUGUUGAUUUAAAAUUUAUAGUUUUGUGUGCGCCUGUACGAACCAUAUUUACUAUAUAUACAUACAUACAUACAUACAUACAUACAUACACACACACACACACACGCAUAUAUAUAUAUAUAUAUAAAUUUCAAUUUUUAAAAGUUUUAUCCAUUGAAUCGAUCUAUGUACAUAAUUAUUAAUGAACGAUUAUAAUCUGUGUCAAGAGCUGUGAGUGAAACAGCUGUUGAGGGUGAUUAAAUCGAUUUCACUUUAUAUUUUAAAUUACAUAGAAAUGGGGGCUUACAAUGACAAACGAUGAGAGAGACGUCUGUUGAUCAUAGCGAUUGUUGGUAUAUAAGUUAUAACAACGAUAAGUAUCAUUGUUACUAUUAGCUCGUAUUUUAAUCAUUAUGGACGCACAGUAGCACAUCUGCACGCACCAUUAACGCAGUACUUGCCACCUUUUCCGCCAGGAAUACUACCAACGUAUUUA